AUGGCGGGAUAUUUUUAAAUCGGCAUUAACACGUACCCGGAAGUUCAAUGUGGAUAAGAACACAGAGGUGGAUGUUCCAAUGAUGCGCCGAACGGGUCGGUACAACAAUUGGCGUGACACGGAUCUUCCUUGUACAGUGGUGGAGCUUCCAUACAAGGAUGACGCAUCCAUGAUUAUCGCCAUGGCCGAGCCGGGCAAGAUCCAUGAGUUAGAGCGAGGAAUGUCUGCUGAGACCGUACAACGAUGGAGGACAUCAUGGAGAAAAACGACCAUUGAACUUUUUGUACCCAAAUUUAAUAUAACUUCCAAAAUAAACCUGGUGGAUGAGUUACCUAAAGUUGGCAUCAGAACCCCUUUCACCGAUGACGCAGACUUCUGCGGGAUCACUCCUGAUUUGAGGCUUAAAGUAAAAACAGCCGUACAUCAGGCCGUCAUAAAUGUGGAUGAGAAAGGAACAGUGGCCGCCGCAGCCACCGGCAUUGGUAUGAUUGCAAUGUCACUAACCCCAUCAAUACACAUUAAUAAUCCAUUUGUUUUCCUAAUCGUUGAGAAAAAAACCAACAUCGUUCUUUUCAUGGGGACAGUCAUCAAUCCUACAGAAGAGUAAACUACAAUGUUUCCAACUCUGCCACAAUGUAACAUUCCCGUGGAUUAAAUAAAACUUGAUGAAUAAAAGCUGUACACUCUCUUCUUAA